AAAGCUUCCUCUCUGGCACCCAACCAUGAAGCUCCUUUUUCCUAUCUUUGCCAGCCUCAUGCUACAGUACCAGGUGAACACAGAAUUUAUUGGCUUGAGAAGGUGUUUAAUGGGUUUUGGGAGAUGCAGGGAUCACUGCAAUGUGGAUGAAAAAGAGGUACAGAAAUGCAAGAUGAAAAAAUGUUGUAUUGGACCAAAAGUGAUUACGUUGAUUAAAAACUACCUGCUAUAUGAAACACCCAGUAUCCUUGGUGAAGACGUCCGAGAAAUGCUAAAGCAUGUCAAGAAUUCUAGUGCUGUGAUACCAAGAAAACACAUUUUAUCUGUUCUCCCCCAAAUCAAGAGCACUAGCUUUUUUGCUAAUACCAACUUUGUCAUCAUUCCAAAUGCCACCCCUGUGAACUCUGCCACCACCAGCACCAUGACCCCAGGACAGAUCAUGUACACUGGUACUUCUAACAAGAGUGACACCAAAGAAAGCAGAGAUUCUGCCACUGCCUCCCCACCACCAGCACCACCUCCAGCAAACAUACUGCCAAUACCAUCACUGGAGCUGGAAGAAGCAGAAGAGCAGUAAUGUGGAACUUUCCCUUAAAACUCCAAGUUCCUCCUACUUUUGCUAUCUGUAAAAUGACAUAGAACUGUUUCUUCUGUCAUCAGUCAUUCAAUAAAUACUGUUUAAGCACC